CACUCUAUCCUGCAUAUUGCAAGUUCACAUCCGCUCAAGUUGCAUCGAACUCUCCGUAUUGAUUUCAAUUUGAUCACAAUGGCGGCGGCUCAGGUACAAUCUCUACUUCGCUUUCUAUCGCAGGAUGCCAAAGUGCCACUUGCGUCCGCAAUGGGUAAAGUCAUGGAACUUCAGAAGGCCGGCCUAAUAACUCCUGAACAGAUCUCUAAAUCAGAACUCAAAGCUCUCCAGAACAUCUUUAAGGAUGACAAGGUGGCGAAACAAGUCAUGAACGCCGCAAAGAGAAUGUGCAAAAAGAGAGGCUCAUCUACUGAAGGCACGACAGCUCCCUCAAAGAGAGUCAAAGGUCCCCGCACAAAUAUAUCCAGCACCCCUUUUGACGCAGAAUGUGCGCUUGCUCUUCCCGAGUCGAAUAUUCCAGAAGAAGAUCUAUCCAGCAUUACCCUUAUCACAAACCGAGCACCACUCGUGCUUGCAUUUGCUGUGUGCGUGCUACGAUAUACAAUGCCCGAGCAGCCGAUUUCUAGCAGACUGAGUCUUGCCCAGGCUGUGGUAAGUGCUAAUAGUCGAUCGAAGGCCGCGAGCUUGGGUAUUGAGAGUGAACCCUCCGCUGAAGCAGAAGGAUGGGGAGAGGGCCAGCCGGUGGUGAAGGUCCUGGGCAGAGAGGUGAAAGUGUUGAAGAGAUGGGACUAUGAUUCGCGAGAGGGUCGGCCGCUGAAUCCAAGCACAGAACCGGAUGCGAACGCUCCUGUCGUGUCCGAUGAUGUUCUGGGGCAAAUAUCCCAGGACGAAUCAGACAAGGCACCGCCACUCUGGGGUGUUGAUACGGAUGCCAUGCGAAAAGCUCAGAGCUCGAACCAGGAUAUGAAAGUGGAAAAGCCUUUGCCUAUCUUCACUCCUGAUUCGGCACGAUCAUAUUUGCAUAAAGCAUUCACCAAAGCUUCUGAUGAAGACGUACCCUCCCGCAGGAAAGCCACAAAGAAUGCUUCCCUGCUGGAAGCUGAAAAGGAGGAAUGUCUCGCGCAUCUUCUACGCGCCAUCAAUAUUGUCUGCCAGUCCUGGGCCUCCAGUCUCGCCAGGGACGAAUUGGACCGACGUGCAUGGGCCUGGUACUUGCGUGUCCGGCCGGCAGUUCAGAGUGGAGCAGGAGGCUGGGGGCAGAAAGGACCAGUCAGGUUAUGUGAUAUUCUAGCUCUGAAGAGACAGCCGUGAUUGUAGAUGCAGAUUUCGCGAUGCCUGAAGAUGUGACGAGACCGGUCCUGUCAGGCUGGGAUUAGGCAGUAGGCCGAUUCAGCACAGCUGACGAAGCCCCCACCCUUGCACAAAUCAACGAAUCUGCGUGACGUUAUUGGAGAGUCCCUGCCAUCGCGUGAGCCCGAGCGUUUUGGACUGGCGCUGGCCAAAUGCGUUAUGAUGACAGCCCCACCUCUCGUUUCAGGCCCUACAGAGAAAUUCUUGUCCCCG